AUGCAGGUCGGGGCUGAAAUUUAUUCAAUGAAAAGGCAGAGUAGUCCAUGCCCAAAUGCCGCGAACAGGUUUUCGAAUAUGCCUUUCCUGCAGAAACAUUGUAUGUUUCAAUGGUUCUCGGGAAACUGUGGGGCAAUCAGUUGUGAUUGCAAUGCUUCUGGGACCCUCAUGGUCAUGCGUGAUGGUGGUGGAGCCAACUGUCACUGGAACCCAUGCCCACGCGUGAUCAAGAACCGUUGGGCCAUCAAGAAAGGAUGGGUCCAGCGGUCCAGUGGCCUGCCUUGUUUAUUUAUGCGAUUGCUCAUUGUAUGCAAUCAGCUUUUGGAAUGCAGGGUCCCAAGCACGUAUAUAUGCAUGUGCAUGUAUGAACUUCCCAAAGGACUGGGUUGA